CCUGAAGAGAAAGGGAGCGGAGGAGACAGACGACAGGAGACGAAAGGCUGAGACACAUCCAGAACCCCACAAGAAAAAAUGCCCAAUUUUGCAGGCACCUGGAAAAUGAAAAGCAGCGAGAAUUUCGAAGAUUUGCUCAAAGCUCUGGAGGCAGACAGAAAAUGUGACGUGACACAACUCAAUAUCAAGUGAUAAAAUACGGACAAAGUAGUUCUUAGUGGUUAAAGGAGUGAACGCAAUGCUGAGGAAGGUGGCGGUGGCGGCUGCGUCCAAGCCCCAUGUGGAGAUAAGGCAGAACGAUGAGCACUUCUACAUCAAGACCUCCACCACCGUCCGCACCACGGAGAUCAACUUCCUCAUGGGAGAGGAGUUUAAUGAGGAGACGUUGGACGGCAGAAAGUGUAAGAGCUUGGCCACUUGGGAAACAGAAAACAAGAUGUACUGCAAACAGACUCUACUGAGCGGGAACGGCCCGAAGACCUUCUGGACCCGAGAACUCAAUGGGGAUGAACUCAUACUGACUUUCGGAGCCGAUGAUGUGGUGUGCACGCGCAUCUACGUACGAGCAUAGCAGAAGUCCACAAGUUCAAAUAUCCUCAAACAAUUGUCAGUGUGAGAAAUUUCACAUAAAAUCAACAUUUUCUAAUUAACUGUUUAGACAUUCAAUAUUUACCAUCUUCACAAAAGUCACAAUUUCAGAUGUUACCGUUUUUAUCAAUUUUUGUAUGUAAUUAUCUAGCAUUGGAAAUCGAACAAAUUAUCUUUUGUUUGUUGAGUUAAAGAGUGUAUGCUUUUGUGACAGUAGAAAAGUCAAAAAGGCAGAUAUAUCACCUGAUGAAGAACUUACGGGUUGACCUUUUUCUUUAAAAAAGAAACAAGUGGCCCUUAUCAUAAAAACGCUGUCAAAAAUAAAAAGAAGGUGGUCAACUAGAUUUCUUACUAUUUAACGUAUAGUUUAAUGCCCAACACCAUACUAACACUCAUGUACAACAUCAUAAAAGUCCAGACACAUUAAAACAAAGUACAAA